GCCCCGCUCAUUCUCAGGCGUAUUCGCACUCCUAUCAACGAGUUUCUGCAGGUGAAGCUCAUUCCUGUCAACAGAAAACUGACUACGCUUUUGAAAUGGCCUGCUCAAAUAUCAGAUUUGGAGCAGGAGUGACCAGAGAAAUUGGCAUGGUAACACUGACCCAUCCUGAAAUGAUAAACGCUGAAGGCUUUUGCUGUUACAGAAAACGGAUUAUUGCCAUUUAUCAGAAAUAAACUCACUGAAUAGACUUUGAAUGUAACUGUUAAAUCUGCCCUUCAAAGAUUUGCAGAACAUGGGAGCGCGUAAUGUGUGUCUGAUGACUGAUAGAAACCUGUUGCAGCUGCCCCCGGUUGCGGCAGUGCUGGACUCAUUGACAAAACAAGGAGUUAAAUACAAGAUCUAUCAGGAUGUAAGAGUGGAACCAACAGACAAAAGCUUUCAAGCAGCGAUCGAUUUUGCCAAAAAAGGACACUUCGAUGUUUAUGUUGCUGUAGGCGGGGGCUCUGUGAUUGAUACCUGUAAAGCAGCCAAUCUCUAUGCAUCUCAUCCAGAGGCAGAGUUUCUAGACUUUGUCAAUGCACCAAUUGGAAAAGGAAAACCAAUUACAAGCUUGUUGAAGCCACUGAUUGCUGUUCCUACCACGGCUGGAACGGGGAGUGAAACCACAGGAGUGGCAAUCUUUGACUUUGAGGACAUGAAGGCCAAAACUGGUAUAGCGAAUCGAGCCCUAAAGCCCACUUUAGGGAUGGUGGAUCCCCUGCACACUCUUCACAUGCCAUCCAGAGUGGCAGCUAACAGCGGGUUUGAUGUGCUCUGUCACGCGUUGGAGUCUUUUACCGCAUUACCGUAUAACCAGAGGAGUCCCUGUCCAUCCAACCCCCUCAAUCGGCCCGCCUACCAGGGCAGCAAUCCAAUCAGUGAUGUCUGGGCAAGACACGCUCUGCAGAUUGUUGCCAAAUACUUGAAACGGGCGGCGCAUGACUCUGGUGAUGUAGAGGCUCGCUCCAGCAUGCACCUGGCCAGUGUAUUUGCUGGAAUUGGCUUUGGCAAUGCUGGAGUCCAUUUAUGUCAUGGAAUGUCAUACCCCAUUGCCGGAAAUGUCAAAACUCACAGAGCCAAAGGCUACGAUGUAGACCAUCCUAUAGUGCCUCAUGGACUCUCUGUAGUUCUAACAUCACCUGCUGUUUUUGCCUUUACUGGCAACAUGUGCCCAGAGCGCCACCUGGAGGCAGCUCAGAUACUAGGUGCUGAUGUGAGAAAUGUGAAAAAAGCAGAUGCUGGCCGUGUGUUGGCUGACAUUCUCAGGAGUUUACUGUAUGACCUGGAAGUGGAGGAUGGCUUAUCUGCAAUUGGUUACACUAAAGAGGACAUUCCAUCUUUGGUGAAGGGCACUAUUCCUCAGGAACGGGUAACUAAACUGUCCCCAAGAGCUCACACUGAAGAGGAUCUGACUGAUCUGUUUGCUGCUUCCAUGAAGCUCUACUGAGCACACUGACAGAGAUUUUUUACAACUGGACUGAAAAUAAUCAAGCACUGAUUAGCUGUGCUGAUUGUUAUGUAAUCAGAGAUACUGAUCUGAACGCGUUGACCCCACUUAAGUUGAAUCCUUUUUUAGUGUGCUGUCUUUGCCUUGCCUGAGAAAAGCAGCAAGAUUUAAAUUAAAAUACUAUAAUACACACUCACUCACGUAGUGUUAUUCUGUACACAUCUAAAUGUUACACAUACUCUUGUUUCAUGCAAGUGAUCUCAUUACAGCAGAUGACAUGCUGGAAACACAUUUAAACAAUAAUCAUAAUUGUAAUCACAUUUAAUCCACUCUGUAUUCACCAGAGUGCAUUCAUUCACUCUCUAGGCUGAUUUGUUAAUCAGAAUGAUUUAGGGAGAUUUAAUUUAAAUUAUUCUAAACUAAGACUCCAGAUUAGAGUUAAUCAGGAAGAUGUCAUUCACUCCCUCAGUGUUUUUGAAACUCUUGUAAUUUUACUGGUUUUUUUUUUUGGAACAAUUUACAAUAAGGGUCCAUUUGUUAACAUUAUGUACCUACAUUAGUUAACAAACUAACAAUGAACAAAGCUGUUACAGCAUUUAUUAAUCUUUGUUAAUGUUAAUUUCAACACAGACUAAUACAUUUUUAAAAUCAGAAGUUGUAUAUGUCAACAUUAGUUAAUGCAAUAUGAACUAACAUGAACUAACAAUGAACAAUAACACAACUAACAUUAACACAGAUUAAUAAAUGGUGUAACAAAUAUAUGUUGUUAAUUGUUAGUUCGUGAUAUCUAAUGCAUUUACUAAUGUUUAUGAAUUGAACGUGUUUGUAAAGUGUUACUGGGUUUUUUUCUUCUGUUGUAGAGUUGAUUUUGUGUUCCUGAUGACCCAGAAAGUCUGACAGACAGAUUAAUUCCACACAGUUCUUAAAGUCAUAUAAAUAAAUCAAAGGCAAAAAUGUGGGCCCAAACUCCAAUAUUACAUCAAUUACUGCUACUCCACACAAGGCUUUUGUUUAAAACUGUGCUAACAAUAAAUGUUAAGCUGAAUGGAAAAUAGUGCACAUAGUAUUGCCUGAAAGAUUGUGUGUGUGCAUCAGCGGCUGUCUUAGAAAUAGAUUAUAUGUAGCCUUGUUUUCACUGUGAUGCAGAACAAAACUGAUACAGGGGAGAGAAGCAGAAUUUUACAUAUUCUCUGUAAUUCAUUCGUUGUAAUUGAGUUGCCACAUUGCCAACAAAUAAAAUUUGUAUAAAAUUAA